AUGAUUAUUGAUUUAGCAACAACAGCAACAACAAAUGAUAUAUUAAAACUUAUUCAAGGUGAUUCAAAUAUUGAACUUGUUUACACACGCACUGAACAUUCUGGAACAUUAAUACUUGUUGUUGGUACAAUUGUACGAAAAAGAUUUCAAGUAACAACUUUAAAACGAUCAAUUAUUCGUCAUGAUGUUCCAGAUGAAAAAAUUUGGAUUGAAUUAGAACUCAUACUUCGUAGUCAUUUUGCUGGACAUAUAAUAACAACAGUUCUUGAGCGGCAAUUAGCCUCGAAUUUGGGUUUACCUGAAUCAUCUAUAGAAAUGUUUGAAUUAGAUAAUCGAUGGUUAAGAUGUAUGAAAUAUCAACCAGAAUCCAUGAUAUUAUUUACUGCAAUUUUUAAUGAUCAAAAAGGCUUUGAUACAUUCUAUACACAUGUGAAAUGUUCAACACGUUAUAAAAAUCUUAGUCAAUUCUUACUUGAUUAUCGUUAUUUAAUUUCAUCGAUAAAUAAAAAUGAAUUACUUCAUUUCUAUAAAGAAUUUAUUAUCAAUAGUCAUCAAACUCAAUAA